AUGCCGUUUUGCAAAGAGACGGGAAGCUGGGCCAUGUCUUAUCAGUGGGGCCACCAGCUGAAACACUACAUCGCUAGAGGUUGUUCCAAACCCUCGAUAAUGAGGAUGAAAAUUCUAAACGCGGAACGGAGUUCUGUUCAAAGGGACUUGGGCUGGAUGUGGUUGUGUGGAGUCAAGGCUUCUUCACUAUCUACCGUUGAUAGCCAGCCAGGGAUUGACAUCCACAUAGAUGGAAUUGGAACAUGGCAAGAGGCUGCUUCUUCUCCUGAAAAGUAUCGGACGUCUUUGUCGUUCACCAACUGCAAGAAGCUGCGUUGA